AUGGAAAAUCACGAUUCUCUGGAAACGUUGGUUGUCGUAAACUGUGUUUUUAACGCUCCCCUGAUACUCAUAUCCAUCACUGGCAACGCUUUGGUGUUGGCCGCCAUCAUUAGAACUCCUUCAAUUCGUUCAACUUCAGUGAUAAUGCUCUGUAGUCUCGCUGUGUCAGAUCUUCUGGUUGGCUUCGUUGCGCAGCCAUUCUUCAUUGCCAACGAGCUAACAGCUUCUCGUUACAUAGCAAGCAUAUCUGAAAUAAUGGCAUUUGUUCUGUGUGGAGCUUCGCUUUGUACAAUGACGGCAAUAAGUGUGGAAAGAUUCAUAGCGCUUCGUUAUCCUAUGAAAUACCAAGCUGCUGUGACAACGAAAUGGCGAGUAAUAUACGUCUCGAUAAUUAUCAUAUGGGUAUGCAACAUCCUAUUUGCUGUUUUCUACUUUUGGCAGUGGACCACGUAUUUUAGUGUAAUGGCUGUUGGUAUUUGCCUUGGUUUUUUCAUUUCAACGUUCUCCUACAUCAAAAUUUACAUUGUUGUUCGGCGACAUCAAGCUCAGAUUCAAACUCAACAGCAGGCUGCACAGCAAAAUUCAACUUGUGCUGGAAAUAACUUUAACAUGGGGGCUGUGCGGAUGAAAAGAAGCGCUGUGAACACAUUUACAUUUUAUGUGGCUAUGAUCCUGUGCUAUUUUCCGAUAAUCAUUUCUUUAAGUCUCUCUAGCAUUUCCUACGAAAACUGGUCGAAAGUUUGGCAUCUGGCCGACACUGUGGCGUUUCUGAACUCUUCUAUCAACCCAAUUUUGUAUUGCUGGCGUCUUCGAGAGCUUAGAACAGCAGUUUAUAAGACCUUAAAAGAUAUUCUUUGUACACAAACAGCUCAAGGCUAG